CUUUCUCUCAUCCUUUCCAUAACCCAGCCGGCCUGCAUAUUCUGCAUCCUUAUCUCGUCCAUACACCUAUUUCAGUUGCACACAAUGGUAGCGGCUACUAACAGCAAGCUGCCCACCCUCCCGGGCGGCUUCAAUUACCCUCCGCCGACAGUCCCCCCGAAAGCGGGCGCCCCUUACCUAGAGUCGUCCAAUCUUCCAGACAACUUUGUUUUUAUUGUGGUAGGAGCAGUAUUGGGCUUUGUCCUCUUCCUUAUCAUCGCCUGGAGAGUCGUCAUGUCAUGGUCGAUCAACCGAGCAUUCAGACGGGAUGCCAAAAACGGUGCCGCAGGCGGCAAUAUAUCCUACACACCUCUUCCAGAUCUCAAAAAGAAUCCUGCCAUGCAAUCUGGUCACGACAUGCAAGAUCUGAGUAAACUACCACGGUCCUUUUCCAACGUUCCGAGUUUAUUUUUUUCACCUACUGCCGAAGUCGCAAAACAGUCCCAACGACCUCCUUCUCAACAUUUACCUGCCGGCCAUUAUCGAGAUGCUUCCGACUCUCUUCGCCGAUAGAACCGGCAUCAGAGUCUUUACGAAACUCUUCGAGAUGAAAGAAUAGACUGAUCUUUGGGUGUUGAGGAUCGCCCUGUAGAUGUGGAGCAUAACGGGUUCGAAGCUGUAUGCGCAGGCUCAAAUUGUCUUACAUCAACCCAGACUCCUGAACGUUUCGUGCGGAAAACGGAACUUGGAGAGUCGACUGCAAUCAAAUUCUGUUGAACAUGCGGCAGACGAAGAAAAGCCUGUUCGUGCAAACACAAGCACCUGGGCUAUCUAAAUUCAAUCUGGCCAUUUGACGCAUUGUAUUCGACUUCCAAAGCACGAAUCCAACCAGAUGAAACUCUGGUGGCAAUGUUCUGCUUCAAACGACUUCCUCUCUUCUGUUAGUCCACUCCAAUGGAGCAAGCGUCGAAAGUUCGGGCGUCAGAAAUGUAAUGAACGCGACGUGUAUCCCUCCAGCGGUUUUGGCAUACCAGAUCGAUAUCCGGCUCUUCCUUGGAAGACAGCGUUCCUCGGAAGAUAGUGGGGGUGAUGGUUUGUCCCAAGCUGUAUCCGAAGAAUACAUGGUGUUUUGGUGUCCCAGUCCUGGACCUCAACGUCGAUCCCAAAUUAGGUCGCACUGAGGCAAGCCGAUAUCUCAAUUUGAGAGUUUGGGCACAUCUACCUCGUCAGUACGAUUAUUGGAUCUGAAGGCCAGCUUCGUCUUGAUCAUCCGGCUUUUAACUUUUGUUUCAAAGCAUAGCGGGGCGUUUGGGGUUAGAAUGAACUUAUGGGUUGGCUAUUGCACUUGUUGUACUGUGAUGUAAGGCAAAGCCUUAUUAUCGGCAUCGAUAUUCUCUCCUCGUGAAGUUCUGGCAUUUUUGCUCUGAAUAUCACUCUUAAUUACUAUCAAACUUUGAUGGCUAUCGAUUCUGUACUCUUCCAUCAGUUCAAUUUACUGUCCUUAUUUCUUUCAA